AGUGCUCAACAGCCAGGAGGCGGUCCGCCCCGGCACAGAUACAGCACACCUUCAGAUGGAGAUGAAGUAGCAGCGGCAGUCGAUCAAAAGAGGAACAACAACGUCUGUAUCGCGGAUCCGGAGGUUUUCUUCAGUGGGAACAGGUGACAGAGCAAGCCGACCAAGCCUCAGCCGCCCCAACGUCCAUCGGCGGAAAUUACUGCCGUUUCACCCCCUCCGAUUGCCACAAUACAUGCAUUUCGAUACUACAUGCAUUUCAAUCUGAUCAUCUAAGGCCGGUCCAUCAAGAUGGAAAAUGCGCACACUAAAUCGGCGACCGAAGUUUUAGACAACUUCGGUGUGAACGAAAACACUGGGUUGACUCUGGAACAGGUCAAAGUCAAUUUGGAGAGAUAUGGACCGAACGAGCUCCCGGCUGAAGAAGGCAAGUCCCUGUGGGAGCUGGUGAUGGAGCAGUUUGAAGACCUCCUGGUCAGAAUCCUGCUGCUAGCUGCCUGUGUCUCCUUUGUGUUGGCUUUGUUUGAGGAGGGAGAGGAGACAACCACCGCCUUUGUUGAGCCUGUUGUUAUUCUUCUUAUCCUCAUUGCCAAUGCUGUUAUUGGAGUCUGGCAGGAGCGCAAUGCUGAGAAUGCCAUUGAGGCCCUGAAAGAGUAUGAACCAGAGAUGGGAAAGGUGUACCGCAUGAACCGCAAGGCUGUCCAGAGGAUCAAAGCCAGAGACAUCGUCCCUGGAGACAUAGUGGAGGUGGCAGUUGGUGACAAGGUGCCUGCUGACAUCAGAUUGACGUCUAUAAAGUCCACCACCCUGCGAGUGGACCAGUCCAUCCUCACAGGGGAGUCUGUGUCCGUCAUCAAACACACUGACCCUGUUCCUGACCCUAGAGCUGUCAACCAAGACAAAAAGAACAUGCUGUUUUCUGGCACCAACAUUGCUGCAGGCCGUGCCAUAGGUGUCGUCGUCUCUACCGGCGUGGCCACAGAGAUCGGUAAGAUCCGUAAUCAGAUGGCAUCUACAGAGCAAGAGAAGACGCCGCUGCAGCAGAAGCUGGACGAGUUCGGACAGCAGCUCUCCAAGGUCAUCUCCCUGAUCUGCGUGGCUGUGUGGGUUAUCAACAUCGGCCACUUUGGAGACCCCGUCCACGGCGGCUCCUGGGUCAGAGGGGCUAUCUACUACUUUAAGAUCGCUGUGGCCCUGGCUGUGGCUGCCAUCCCUGAGGGCCUGCCUGCUGUCAUCACCACCUGCCUGGCCCUCGGCACACGACGCAUGGCCAAGAAGAAUGCCAUUGUUCGCAGCCUGCCCUCUGUCGAGACCCUGGGCUGUACCUCUGUUAUCUGUUCUGACAAGACAGGCACCCUCACCACCAACCAGAUGUCUGUUUGCCGGAUGUUUAUCGCCGACAAGGUGGAAGAUUCAAACUGCACCCUUCAUGAGUUCUCUAUAACCGGUUCGACAUAUGCCCCCGAGGGACAAAUACUGAAAGGAGACAGGCCCGUCCAGUGUGGAGACUAUGAUGGACUUUUGGAGUUGGCAACUGUGUGCUCUAUGUGCAAUGACUCUUCCCUGGACUACAAUGAGGCCAAAGGGGUUUAUGAGAAGGUGGGUGAAGCCACAGAGACAGCUCUCACCACCUUGGUGGAGAAGAUGAACGUCUUCAAGACGGAGCUAUCUGGAUUGAGCAAGGUGGAACGUGCUGGGGCCUGCAACUCGGUGAUCAGGCAGUUGAUGAAGAAGGAGUUCACCCUAGAGUUCUCUCGUGAUCGCAAGUCCAUGUCUGUCUACUGUACCCCCGUCAAUCCGGGCUCCCAGAGCAAGAUGUUCAUCAAGGGCGCUCCAGAGAGUGUGAUCGAGCGGUGUCAGUACCUGCGGGUGGGAACAGGGAAGGUUACACUUACCCCAGCCCUGCGUGACCAGCUUCUGUCUAAAAUCAGGGACUGGGGGACAGGCAGGGACACCCUGCGCUGCCUGGCUCUGGCCACUAAUGACACCCCGCCACGCAAAGAGGACAUGGACUUGGAGAAUUCCACCAAGUUUGCAGAGUAUGAGUUGGGUCUCACGUUUGUUGGCUGUGUGGGCAUGCUCGACCCACCCAGGAAGGAGGUGAUAGGUUCAGUGAAACUGUGCAACGAGGCAGGUAUUCGUGUUAUCAUGAUCACAGGAGACAACAAGGGCACAGCUGUUGCCAUCUGCAGACGGAUUGGCAUCUUUGGGGAGCAUGACGACGUGACAGGAAAGGCCUACACAGGCCGCGAGUUUGAUGAUCUCCCACUGGAGGCGCAGAGAGAAGCCGUCAAACGGGCGCGAUGCUUUGCCCGUGUCGAGCCAGCUCACAAGUCUAAGAUUGUCGGAUACCUGCAGUCAUUCGAUGAGAUUACUGCCAUGACAGGAGAUGGUGUGAAUGAUGCCCCAGCACUGAAGAAAGCAGAGAUAGGCAUUGCUAUGGGCUCUGGAACUGCAGUGGCCAAGUCAGCAUCUGAGAUGGUUCUGUCUGACGAUAACUUCUCCACCAUCGUGGCUGCCGUGGAGGAGGGCAGAGCCAUCUACAACAACAUGAAGCAGUUCAUCAGAUACCUUAUCUCCUCUAAUGUGGGAGAAGUUGUCUGCAUCUUCCUGACAGCCAUCCUGGGUCUCCCUGAGGCUUUGAUUCCAGUGCAGCUUCUGUGGGUUAAUCUUGUGACCGAUGGCCUGCCUGCCACUGCCCUUGGCUUUAACCCCCCAGACCUGGACAUCAUGGACAAACCUCCCCGCAACCCAAAGGAGCCUCUCAUCUCUGGCUGGCUCUUCUUCAGAUACCUGGCCAUUGGAGGAUAUGUGGGUCUUGGAACGGUGAGUGCUGCCACAUGGUGGUACCUGUUUGAUGAAGAAGGCCCUCAAGUGUCUUUCUAUCAGCUGAGACAUUUCAUGCAGUGUACUGGGGAUAACCCCAUGUUCAAAGAAAUAGACUGUGAGGUGUUUGAAUCCCGCUACCCCACAACCAUGGCCCUGUCUGUGCUGGUCACUAUUGAAAUGUUCAACUCACUCAACAGUUUGUCUGAGAACCAGUCCCUGAUCAGGAUGCCUCCUUGGGUCAAUAUCUGGCUGCUGGGAGCCAUCAUCCUCUCCCUCUCCCUCCACUUCUUAAUCCUCUACGUUGAGCCUCUGCCACUGAUUUUCCAGGUGACCCCUCUGCGCUGGUCCCAGUGGAUCGUGGUCUUGAAGAUUUCCAUCCCAGUUAUCCUCCUGGAUGAGGCACUGAAAUAUAUCUCCAGGAACCAUCUAGAAGGUGAUGAGGAGAAGAAAUAUCGGAGGAGAUGGCAGCUGAACUAAGACCUCUUCCUCAACACACUCACACAGUUAGACACAUGCCUACCCUCUUCCCUUUAUGAGCUAAGAACCUUUCCUCUCCCCUGUCCUCAUUCCCCACUCCUGCAUGUCCAAUAAACCACCACUAGAAAUGAGCAGGGCUUGCAUGAGAAUGAGUGUGCAAGAAAGAGAGCAUGUGUGUUCCUGCGAGCAUGGCUUUGUACGAGUGUGUGAGUAGAUGAACACUGUAUGUGUGUGUGUGAACAGGCAGAUGCAGAGCUGUCUUUAUAGUUUGCAAGAGCGAGAAACAACUGCAGAUAAAAAAGAUAAAAUUUGCCCAGAGCUCUGCUUUUUCAAGAUUUCUGCUCUUUUUUUUUUUUUUUU